GAAUACGAGUGAAAUCGUAAAGAAACCAGCGUCAAGAAACGAAGAAGAAGAGGAAGGAAGAAGAAUAGAGAGAGUUUUUUUGUUUGUCAAAACUAAUUCACGGAAAAAUCUGCUCGAAUUCGUCAAUGGAUUCUUAGAUCUGAUGAUAAAUUGCCUUCUGGAUCUGAAUUUCUGGCGGGAGGAACUGAAGAUUCCGGUUUGUGAGACGACGCAGCAGAUCCGAAGGUCGAAGAGGAAGAAGAAGAAUCCAUGGACGAUUUCACGGGGUUUUUAGCGAGAGACUUCGGAUUGAAUCCGCAGGGAAAAUCAGCUCCAAUGGCGGGUCACCGGAGCUCUCCGGCCGGAGAUUUCAGCAGUUUCACAUCUUCUCCUAGCUUCGGGAUCGGUUCGUCGUCUCCUGCCGGGAAAAGGUCGGAUUCUUCGCCGGUGCUUGACGAUCAUGGUGAUAUCUUCAAUGAUAUCUUCAGUGGACCACCGAAGUACGGAUCCUCCGAGUCUCGGCCUCAGCCUGCGCCGUCGGCUCCGGCCUUUGACUACGACGCCAUGUUCAAGGAUCAGAAAGCUUCGAAAUCGGCGUCUAUGCCGGUUUACGACAAGCCGGUGUAUGAUGAGGAUGCAGUCGAUGGUAUUUCUGGGCUUAAAAGCUCCUCGACUUCUCAAUCUGCCCGGUUUGACGAUGUUUUCUCUUCGAUCUCAUCAUCCCCAAAGCACAAGAAACAUAAUAGUUCUCCGUUCGAUGAUCUGCUGGGGAACUUGGGGAGGAAAGAUACUGAACCCAUGAAGGCGGAGAAUGUACGAGAAGAGAAGGGUAGCUCAAUUUUCGAUGAUUUGAUACCUGGGUUUGGACGCAGUAGCUCCACUCCUGUUGAUCGAUCAACUUCAGAGACAAGUCAAUCUCAGAAACCCUCUACAGGGAGAACCAAGGCAUCCUCGCCACUCGUGGAAGAUCCAUUUGUAGUCUUGGAGUCAGCUUCAACCCCUCCAGCUUCUUCCACAGGGGAAUUCAGUGAUCCAUUGGAGGAAUUUAGUAAAUUCAGUAGCUCAAACAGCAGAAAAGCUGAUCAUUCAUCUGCUCAUGGUGGAGUAUUUGUGGAUAUUGACCCACUUGAUUCUCUUGGGACAUCAGUGCCAGAUAAGCAUAACAGGGACAAAGAUCAUAUAAGAACAGGAAGCACGAGCGGUGCACAGUCACCUGUGGAAAUUUCUGAGGGCUACUCACCAAAGAAAGCAUCUACUGAUGAUUUCUCGGAGCCUCAGCAUGCCCCAUCCGCAAGUGGUCCUCAAUCCUCUUCUUCUGCAUAUGAAAAUCCUAAUAUUUACCAGCCAAAUUCACGGGAGUAUAGAUCAUCAAAGUCAGAUAGAAAUUUUGAAUCAUCUGGUGAUGUGUGGCUCACCGUAUCUGAGAUCCCCCUUUUUACACAACCUACCAGUGCUCCACCACCUUCAAGACCUCCACCACCAAGACCCACUCGUCCUGUAAAAAAGAAGGUAAAUGAGCCUUCUUUAUCAAGUUCUCCUCGCUGCUCGCAUGGCCCUAGCUCAGCCAGAGCUUCUGCGAAGAGCUCUGCUGCUUCUCAAAUUGAUGAACUUGAGGAUUUUGCUUCCGGCAGAAAUCAGAGUGAUGUUAAUGGAUAUUUUGAGCCUCCUUCCAGUGAAGAUUCAGAUCUAUACUCUGCAGCUGCCGCAUCUGCUGCUGCCAUGAAGGAGGCAAUGGAUAAAGCAGAGGUCGAGUUUAGGCAUGCUAGGGAAAUGAGAGAGAAAGAGAAUAUGAAGGCAGGUAGAAGUAAAGAAGGAGUUCAGAUGGACAAUAAUGAAUUUCAGGAAAGGGAACUUAGAGAAAAACAAGAGAGAUUAGAUCAUGAAAGGAUAGAAAAAGAGAGAGAGACGGAAAGGACUCGUGAGAGGGAGAGGGAGGAGAUGGAAAGAGAUCAGAGAAGACUUGAGAGAGAGAGGACAGAAAGGGAAAGGGAGUUAGCUAGACAGGUUGUAGAGCGCGCUACGAGAGAAGCACGUGAAAGAGUAGCUGCUGGUGCUCGUGCUAAAGCUCAAAGGGCUGCUGUUGAGAAGGCAGCUACGGAAGCUCGAGAACGUGCCGAGAGAGCUGCUGUUCAAAGAGCUCAGGCUGAAGCACGGGAAAGGGCAGCUGCUGAGGCUAGAGACAAGGCUGAUAAGGCUGCAGCUGAAGCACGGGAGAAGGAAGUAAGGGUUAGAGCAGAACGAGCUGCUGUAGAAAGGGCAGCUGCAGAGGCACGCGGAAGGGCAGCUGCAGAGGCACGUGAAAGGGUAGCUGCUCAAGCCAAAGCUAAGCAACAACAGAGUGACAAUGAUCUCGAAUCCUUCUUUAGCAUGGGCUCUAGGCCAAGUAGUGCUCCAAAACAGAGAACCAACACUUCGGACCCUUUCUUUGAUUCAUGGAACAAGGGAGGGUCUUUCGAAGCAAGUAGGACGUCUUCUGGAGUACCUUCUGGAGCAUCAACGAACAUGCGAAAGGCCUCUUCGGCAACAAAUAUCGUUGAUGAUCUCAGUUCAAUUUUUGGAGCUGCUGCUUCCCAAUCUGGUGUAUUCCAAGAGGUUGAAGGAGAGACUGAAGAGAGACGGCGAGCCAGGCUGGAACGCCACCAGAGAACACAGGAGCGAGCUGCGAAAGCACUUGCUGAGAAAAACGAGCGUGAUCUUCAAGCACAAAAGGAGCAAGCUGAGAGACAUAGGAUUUCCGAGACACUUGAUGUCGAGAUCAAGCGUUGGGCGUUGGGGAAGGAGGGCAAUUUGCGUGCUAUGCUUUCCACGUUGCAAUAUGUUCUUUGGCCAGAAUGUGGUUGGCAGCCCGUUUCUUUGACUGAUCUAAUUACAGCUGCAUCGGUCAAGAAAGUUUACAGGAAGGCUACACUAUGCAUCCAUCCCGACAAAGUGCAACAAAAAGGCGCAAAUCUUCAGCAGAAAUACGUUGCUGAGAAGGUUUUCGACUUGCUUAAGGAAGCGUGGAACAAGUUCAACUCAGAAGAGCUCUUCUGAAAGAUCGGGACUUUACAUUCAUAGUGUUGUUCUUGUUCUUGUUCCUGUUCCGACCAAAAGAUAAAAAAGCAUGUGGGAGCUUGUUGCUUUGGUCUGAGAUUCCGGCAAAGUUGGGUCAAGAGGGUAAAUCAGAUGUAGAGUUGUGUGUAUUCUCUCGCACCCAUCAGCCACCGCAGCAAUUGGGUAUUUUUGGUUUUUUUUUUCAUGUAUCUUUUAUCCAUAUAGAGCAUGAAAUGAAAUGUUUUGAUGAUGAUGAUUUCUUGUACCAAAGACAAGACUGAGCUUGUGUAAUGUUGUUGCCCAAACCAUUUAUAUCUUAUGCAUAUAUGAUUCUUUUUUGGGUA